UCGCGGCUAGCUUCGGCCUCCGCGCGAGUCGAAGCGAAAAAGUAGUGUUUAUUUCACUGAGGCUCUUGGAAGAUCUUAAAAAAUCCGAGCCAUCCGGUAGUUUUAAGUGAUAAAAUUCGCUUUAGUCAACUAAGAAAGAUCGAAGCAAAUGGCCGAAGCCGACAAACUAAAUAUUGAUAGUAUAAUAGCCCGUUUAUUGGAAGUACGCGGAGCAAGACCCGGCAAAAAUGUACAAUUAACUGAAAGCGAAAUCCGAGGACUGUGUCUCAAGUCCAGGGAAAUAUUCCUUUCGCAACCGAUUUUACUGGAAUUGGAGGCGCCACUUAAGAUUUGCGGUGAUAUCCACGGUCAAUAUUACGAUCUCCUUCGUCUCUUCGAAUAUGGGGGGUUUCCACCAGAAUCGAAUUACCUGUUCCUUGGUGAUUACGUCGAUCGUGGAAAACAGUCAUUGGAAACCAUCUGUCUUUUACUCGCCUAUAAAAUAAAAUAUCCCGAGAAUUUCUUCCUUCUUAGAGGCAACCACGAGUGCGCCUCUAUCAACCGCAUAUACGGAUUCUACGACGAAUGCAAAAGGAGAUACAACAUAAAGUUAUGGAAAACCUUCACCGACUGCUUCAACUGCCUGCCGGUGGCGGCGAUCGUCGACGAGAAGAUUUUCUGUUGUCACGGGGGCCUCAGUCCCGACCUGCAGUCGAUGGAGCAAAUCCGGAGGAUAAUGCGGCCGACUGACGUCCCCGACCAGGGGCUCCUGUGUGACCUGUUGUGGUCGGACCCCGACAAAGACCAGAUGGGCUGGGGUGAGAACGACCGUGGCGUGAGUUUUACUUUCGGGGCUGAAGUUGUUGGGAAAUUCCUUCACAAACACGAUUUCGAUCUGAUUUGUCGAGCUCAUCAAGUCGUCGAGGACGGGUACGAGUUUUUCGCUAAACGACAACUUGUCACGCUUUUUAGCGCUCCAAAUUAUUGCGGUGAGUUUGAUAAUGCUGGAGCGAUGAUGUCAGUGGAUGAAACGUUGAUGUGCAGUUUUCAAAUCCUGAAACCGGCUGACAAACGGAAGUUUCAGUAUAAUAUGAAUGCUGGAAGGCCGGUGACGCCACCUAGAGGAGGUACUAAUAAAAACAAGAAGAAGUGAAUUUAAUUUAUUUUUAAGAUUAGGAUAGCUACUCGUCUAUACUUUUUAUCAUUUUAAAUACUAAUGUACUGUUUCAAGUAAUGUAUGAAAUAAGGUCUAAAAAUUGUUUUCUUGUCACACUUAAUUAAGUAUUAAAUCACGUGAUGUUAGAAUAAAGCCUAUUAUGUGAUUUUGUUUCAUCCAAGUACUGUUAGUAUUUAAAAUGGGGGUGAAGCCAUUUUUGGGUUAUUUUUAGUUGAUAUAAAUCGUGUAAUUUAUUUAGAACGAGUUGAGGAUGAUCAUAUCAAAUAUAAAUAAUGGAAAAUGGCUAAGAUUUAUUGAAAUAUUUACAAUAGGCUGUAUUUGUUUUUAUUUUGGUUUUUAUGCAUCUUGUUUGUUUGACGUUUAGAAAGCGAUUCUAUUUUUCUAUGUGAAAAUCGUUAGGUUUCGAGCUGGCCAAAAUGAAAAUGAAUGAUUGCAACUUUAUCAUUUUUAUCAUACCUAAACUUUUUUUCCGCUGACAUUUGUACAUAAUUGCGUUCCAACACAUUUUUUUGAUCUGCGUAACUUUUGUCGUUAAUAAAGAUUUUAACAAUUUUCUUUUAAA